GCGAGUAGACUAGAGUAGACUGGAGUAGAGUGUAGUACAGAGUUGUGUCCCUGUGGCCGCCAUUAAAGGAUGCGACCAAUGUAUUCAAACAAACCAGUGAGACACAGCUAAGCACCGCACAGCCUUUUCUCUUUUGAUUUCACUUCAUAUCCACAGCCUUCUGCUUUUUAUCGUCAGAAUCUCAACGCUUCGUCUUUGAUGUCAUUCCGACGAAGACCGGGAAACGAGAGAGACUGAAUUUGAAUGAAAUUUAAACCCGAACUCUCCUGGCUUGAACUGUUUGUUGCUACCUCGCUUAGCCAGUCAGUUAGCCAGCUAGUCGCUAACUUCAGUUAGCCCGAUGCUAAGCUAAGCUAAAGGGGGAGGGCUGCAUUUACCUCUCUACCCCUCUGGCUGCUGUAAUUACAUAUUCUUUGAUGUAUCGGCUCCGAAGGAGAAAAAUAUCUCACCGCGGAUCAUGGUAAAUGCGCGGCGUUGUUCGUGCGGGAAGUUUUUAGCGGAAUUUUUAACGCAUUCCUGGUGAGUGAGUAACCUUUAGCGGAGCGACACCAGAGCUAAGCUAAUUCACUUAGCUCGCUGGACGCGAACUCGUCCUGCUGCUGAUUGUGCCUGCGAGAGACGGAUCCGGUCCAAAACCCAUCGCAUUUAUUUGUUCCUGGGAUCUGAAAGAGAGGAUGGCUCGCUGGACUGCGCUUUGAUGAUGAGUUCUUGUUUUGUACCCAACGGGGCGAGCUUGGAGGACUGCCACUCCAACCUCUUCUGUCUGGCUGACCUCACAGGGAUCAAAUGGAAGUGCUUUGUAUGGCAGGGCCCCACCUCGUCCCCAAUCCUCUUCCCAGUGACAGAAGAGGACCCCAUCCUGUGCAGCUUCAGUCGCUGCCUGAAGGCGGAUGUGCUGAGUGUGUGGCGGAGGCACCAGACCCCGGGUCGCCGGGAGCUCUGGAUCUUUUGGUGGGGAGACGACCCCAACUUCGCAGAGCUCGUCCACCAUGACCUCUCAUGUGAUGAGGACGGAGCAUGGGAGACCGGCCUGACUUACGAGUGCCGAACGCUGCUCUUCAAAGCCAUCCAUAACCUGUUGGAGCGCUGCCUCAUGAAUCGAUCCUUCGUUCGUAUCGGCAAGUGGUUUGUCAAGCCGUAUGAAAAAGAUGAGAAGCCAAUCAACAAAAGUGAACACCUGUCAUGCUCCUUCGUGUUCUUCGUUCAUGGAGACAGCAAUGUGUGCACCAGCGUGGAGAUCAACCAGCACCAGCCUGUCUACCUGUUGAGUGAGGAGCACCUAACGCUGGCCCAGCAGAGCAACAAUUCAGUGCAAGUGAUUCUCUCUCCAUACGGCUUGAGCGGGUCUCUGACAGGCCAGUCUUUCAAGAUGUCAGACCCACCAACCCAGAAGUUAAUAGAAGAAUGGAAGCAGUUCUAUCCCAUAGGCCCCAACGCCAAGGAGGUCACAGAUGAUAAGAUGGAUGACCUUGAUUGGGAGGACGAUUCUUUGGCUGCUGUCGAGGUUGUUGUUGCUGGAGUGAGGAUGGUGUACCCUGCCAGCCUGGUGCUGGUGGCUCAGUCUGACAUCCCAGUUGUGGCUACAGUGAACUCCUCCAACUCUUCAGGCUCUUACUCCGGAGGUCAGCACUGUCAUGUGGUCCACGGAGAUACUGCUAUCUCUUCAGUUACCCUGACUCCUCCCACCUCACCUGAAGAGGCACAAGCAGUCCUGCAGCCUGCCCAGAAGUGGGUGAAAUUCUCAGCGAUGUGCGGAGCCUUUAGCGUGGACAGCAGCAGUCAUCACGGAGGGAAGAUCCCUCGCCGACUGGCCAGCCAAAUGGUGGAGCGAGUCUGGCACGAGUGCAAUAUCAACCAAGCCCAGAACAAGAGGAAGUUCUCAACCAUGUCCAAUGCAGUAUGUGAAGAGGAACCUGACAAAGCUUCUGUUUGGGAAUUCAUUGAGCCAUCUCAAAGGACGCAGUGCAGUUGCUCAAGGCUUAAAAACCAGAAGCAGCGUGCAUGUAGCACCCCAGGGCAUCCUCCAUCUGCCGGCCAACCUUCUCAGCCCACCACCAAACACAAGAUGGUGGAGAAACUGGAAAAGGGGGACAAGCAGCAGAAGAGACCCCAGACGCCCUUCCACCACCGCAGCUCACUGUGUGAAGAGCCGAACCUUGAGCAUGGAGAUAACGUUCACAGGUUGUGUCUACAAGGCCAUGAGGAGAGCCGUUACCCCAACCUCCACCACUCAGACGUCACCUCCAACAAGACCCCGAUGCUGCACGGCUCCACCGACGAGAUGGCCAGUUCCCCUCAGCCUCCGCCGCUCAGCCCUCAUCCUUGCGAGCACGGGGACGAGGCAGCAAGCAGCUUGAAAACUUCUCCUCCUCUUCACCAACACUUCUACCCCCCUUCCUCUGAGCCUUGCCUGGUGCCCCAGAAACCUCCAGAUGAUUCUCAGCUAGACCCACUUCACCCACCAUACAUGCCUGCAUGCCCAGAAUCCCUAGAACCCACCGUGUAUGUGGGCUCCGCCAUUAACCCCAAUCAGGACACGACACAUAAUCCCUGGAAGUACUUUAAGGUGCCUGGUGGGAGGAACGCGGAUUUUCACACGCCUCAUCUUCCUGUGGUCACACAUUUUGAGGAUGGUAACAGAGACCAGGAUGGAGUGGUGUCCAUUACAGAAACUAUGUCCUCCUCAAAGAGACCUCUGAAGGUGGCAGAAGAACGAGUGAAGAUGUAUGAGCAGAAGAAGAAUCAGCAUCUCUUCGCAGCGGUGUGUGACAGAGACCCAGAGAGAGAAUCUGAUCCGUACGCUUUUGUAGAGGGAGACGAGGAGUUCACCUUCACCGAUAAAGAGAAAAAGCCUGGAGCCGAGAGGGAGGCGGGGAAGAAAAAUAAGAGGGAUGAUGGCAGUUUGUCAUCUGACGAUGCCCAAGGUUCGGCUGGCAGUAAACCACUUCCAACCACCAGUUUGAUCCACGAGACAGACCUAGUGGUGUCCAUUAAUGACCUGGACAACCUCUUCAACUCAGAUGAGGAUGACCUCACGCCUGGAUCCAAAAGAGCCGCUGGUAGAACAGAGAAGUUUGGUGGGAAAGAAGCUAAACCCGCGGCGCCAGACCCCCUGCCUUGCUCUGCAGACCUGCACCAGAUGUUUCCAACCCCUCCAUCACUGGAGCAGCACAUCAUGGGCUACUCUCCCAUGAACAUGGGCAGUAAAGAAUACGGCAACAUGGAGUCGGUAGCCGGGCUGUCUUCGAUGGAUGGGACGGCCAUCGGCAGCAACUUCAAGAUGGAGGUGGAGGAGGGUUUCUGUAGUCCCAAACCCUCAGAGAUAAGGGACUACUCGUACGUGUUCAAGGCAGAGUCCUGCCAAGCUUUUAUCGGCUGCUCCCUGUAUGCCCCGCUGAAGACUCUGCCCAGCCAGUGUCUGCUUCCCAUCAAGCUUCCAGAGGAGUGCGUUUACCAGCCCAGCUGGACAGUCGGCAAACUGGAGAUGAUUCAGCCAAUGGCAGCCAUGACCUUCCUCAACAAGGACAGUAACGUCCCUAGUGUCGGAAGCGCAGUUGAGCAGGACCAAAGCUGCACCCCUCAUACACAAAACACCUUCAUGUCCAACAGCGCCCCACCCAGCAACAGCGGCGCCGGCAUCCUGCCCUCCCCCGCCACCCCUCGAUUCUCUGCCCCAACACCACGGACGCCCCGGACCCCUCGUACCCCCAGAGGCCCCGCCAGCGUCCAGGGCUCACUUAAAUACGAGAACUCCGACCUCUAUUCGCCCGCCUCUACGCCCUCAACCUGCAGACCCCUAAACUCUGUGGAACCCGCCACAGUGCCCUCCAUCCCGGAAGCGCACAGCCUGUACGUCACCCUGAUCCUCUCCGAGUCGGUCAUGAACCUCUUCAAGGACUGUAACUUUGACAGCUGUUGCAUUUGCGUCUGUAACAUGAACAUCACAGGAGCCGACGUGGGCGUCUACAUCAGCGAUCCCAACAUGGAUUCGCAAUACUCCAGCAUGGAAGCAUGCUCCUGCGGCUUUAGCGCUGUUAUGAACCGUCGCUAUGGCAACGGCUCUGGGCUAUUCCUGGAGGAUGAGCUGGACAUCGUGGGGCGGGGUUCGGACGCCGGACGGGAUGCGGAGAAUCACUUCGAGGCUGUGCGAUCAGCCUCACUUCAUAAAGGGGCGGCCCUUAAAGAGCAGGUUCCGGAUGAUCUCGUCCUUUUGCUGAAGGAUCUGUGCACUAACCCUUUCUCCCCCAUCAUCAGACCUGAUCAUCUAAGCACCAGCCACAAGCUCCCCAUGCGUCUGGAGGAGAGGGACUAUUAUAGCGACUGCUACCUGGCUCUAGAGCACGGCAGGCAGUUCAUGGACAACAUGUCUGGAGGGAAGGUCGAUGAGAAGCUGGUCAAGAGCACUAGUUUACAUCAGUGGGCCAAACGUGGCGCUUUCGAUAUGAGCAUGCUGUUCUCCCAAGAUGUGCUCAGGAUGCUGUUGUCACUGCAACCUGUAUUACAAGAUGCCAUUCAGAAGAAGAGGUCUGUGCGUUCUUGGGGGGUCCAGGGCCCCCUCACCUGGCAGCAGUUCCACAAGAUGGCUGGCAGGGGGUCUUACGGGACGGACGAAUCUCCAGAGCCUCUUCCCAUCCCUACCUUACUGGUGGGUUACGAGUAUGAUUUUGUGGUGAUGUCGCCUUUCGCUCUGCCUUACUGGGAGAAGCUUCUGCUGGACCCGUACAGCUCCCAGCGGGACAUCGGAUAUAUGGUGGUGUGUCCUGACAAUGAGGCUUUGCUGAAUGGAGCCAGGACAUUCUUCAGAGACUUGACUGCUGUGUAUGAGUCCUGUCGACUCGGUCAGCACAGGCCCAUCUCCAAGAUAUAUGCCGAUGGCAUCGUUACCGUGAACGAUACUGCAUCGAAACCUCUGACAGAUCAGCCUCUCAAUGACUGGCUCCCAAAAAUCGUCAACAGCAGCAGCGAAGCCUUCACCAAGCUCAGACUCUACUCUCAAGUGUGCCGGAACGAUUUGGCUUCACAUCUGGCAGGCCAGUCUUUAGACAGCUCACUGCUAACUCAGCGAAACCCUAACAGCUCCUGCAACCCCAACGCAGCUGCUCAGAACAGCACAGCCCCCUCCACCGCCCCCUCCACCAACAGCACCUCCAACACAAACAACAGUACCACCACAUCCUCCUCCUCUUCGUGCUCUCAGGGCAUCGGCAUCUUGCCGUCUGUCAAACCCAAUUCCAUCCCUCCCUUUGGGGCUCAGGGCUUGCAGUCCAGCCAGCAGAGCAGCGCUCAGAACGCAGGGCCUCUAGGAGAUGGAACAUCAACCGCCGGCCAACCUCAGGUCCAGUCUGAGCCUGCUGAGAGCACGAUGGAACGAGAGAAGGUGGGUGUGCCGACUGAUGGAGACUCCCAUGCCGUCACCUACCCUCCUUCCAUAGUGAUCUACAUAGUAAACCCCUUCAGUUACGAGGACACAGGAACCAGUUCCAGCAUUUGGACCCUGGGGCUCCUCCGCUGUUAUUUAGAAAUGCUUCAGUCGCUCCCUCCUCACAUCAGGAAUGCCAUUUAUGUGCAAAUAAUACCCAGCCAGUUCUUGCUGCAGCCGGUCUGGAGUGAGGAGCGCCACAUCUACGCGCAACAUCUGAAGUCUUUGGCUUUCUCGGUUUACACUCAGUGCAGACGCCGUCUGCCGACCUCUACUAAUGUCAAAACGCUAACAGGCUUCGGCCCCGGCCUGGCCAUUGACACUGCACUACAAAGACCAGAGAGACCAGAGUGUUUACAUCUCUACGCGCCGCCGUUCGUUCUGGCUCCGGUGAAAGAUAAGCAGACCGAGUUGGGCGAGACUUUCGGCGAGGCUGCGCAGAAAUACAACGUGCUGUUUGUUGCCUACUGCUUGUCACAUGACCAGCGAUGGCUCUUGGCCUCAUGCACCGACCAGUAUGGAGAACUGCUGGAAACUUGCAUCAUCAGCAUUGACGUACCUAACAGAGCUCGGAGGAAAAAGGGUUCUGCACGACGACUGGGCCUUCAGAAACUUUGGGAGUGGUGUCUCGGGCUUGUGCAGAUGACCUCACUGCCGUGGCGUAUUGUGAUUGGCCGGCUUGGAAGGAUAGGUCACGGGGAGUUACGUGAUUGGAGUAUUUUGGUGACUAGGCAGAACUUGCAGUCUCUCAGCAGACGACUGAAGGAAAUGUGUAGGAUGUGCGGUAUCUCCGCCGCUGACAGUCCCAGCAUCCUCAGUACCUGUCUAGUCGCCAUGGAGCCCCAGGCUUCUUUUGUCAUCAUGCCAGACUCGGUGUCCACAGGCUCCGUGUUUGGUCGCAGCACAACCCUGAACAUGCAGACGUCUCAGUUAAACACUCCUCAGGACACCUCCUGCACUCACAUCCUGGUGUUCCCCACGUCUGCUGGGCUCCAGGCCUUCAAUCCCAGCAACGAUGUUCAGAUGGAUGGGCUCCUGGAUGAUCUGCUGUCAGACAACGACCUGGUUGAUCCUGACCUCAUCAACAUAAUGCGUAAUUCACCCAGCACCUCCCCAGUGCAUUCACCAGGCUCACACUACCACCACGGAGGAGAUGGAAGCAAGGGUCAGAGCACAGACAGGAUGGAGUCUCACGAUGAGUCUCCCAACAUCCUGCAGCAGCCCAUGGCUCUGGGAUACUUGGUCUCCACGGCUAAAGCUGGUCCACUGCCUGACUGGUUCUGGUCCUCCUGUCCGCAAGCAAAAAACCAAUGUCCUCUGUUUCUGAAGGCUUCUCUGCACCUUAAUGUUUCAUCAGUGCAGUCAGAUGAGCUGCUGCACAGUAAACACACUCACCCUUUGGACUCCAGUCAUACCUCAGACGUGCUCAGAUUUGUGCUGGAGCAGUACAACGCCCUGUCAUGGCUGACCUGUGACCCAGCAACUCAGGACCGGCGCUCUUGUCUGCCUGUGCACUUCGUUGUGCUCAACCAAAUGUACAAUUUCAUUAUGAACAUGCUCUAACAAACAAGGGUUCUGCACAAACGCUGCCUGUUGGAUUUUCACAACAGAGAGACCACAUUACUGCACUGCCGCCACAGGCCUCCAAGCUGUGGACACGGCUGGACAAACCAACCAAUCGUACAGCGCACUUAUGGCAACGCCAGGCUGCCCAGUUUAUGCCAAGUGUCCAUCUCACAACAACUGGAGGACGAGGAACUAGUGCAUCAGAAUGAACUUAAACGUCCCCGUUCAAAGACUGAACGUGCAGUUCAGGUCGGGUUUUAUCCAGUUGAAAUGCCUGCGUAUAUCUUAUUUAUUGUAACUUUUUAAAUGUGUAAUUUCUUAAGCUUUUAUAUUAUAUAAAUGCGGGAAGGCAUGUAUUACCUUUCCUAAUGAAAUGAAAAUGGUUUGUCAUGUAUGUAAUUGUCUUACUUACAGAACCGACAAGUGAAUUUGCUGUAGGUUUGCUUUUAGAGGAAUAUUUAGAGAAAUAUUUUCUCCACGAUUUUUACUGUCACAGUGUACAGAUGAAGUAUACAUGAGAUCAUGUUCUUACCUUUGUGUGGUGGGGACUUUUAAGGCUGUAGCUACAGAAUUACUGUACAGCGAUUUAAUGUGUUCAAAUAAGAGGACAAGAGGUACAUUGUCGGAAUAUAUAUUUUAUAUCACAGAUUUAGAGAGUUGUGUGUGUGUGUAUAUAUAUAUAUAAAUGUGUACAUACAAUCGUGUGCCGCUAUGGAUGGUGCAGCCGAUGUUUUAGGAAUAAAGUGUGUAAAACU